GCUAACAGAACGUUCGCAUUCGAGUUAGAGUUCGAGUUCUAAUGCCAUUCUAUUAUCCUCGUCUCCUCGAGCCCUAAUUUCCCAAUAACUUUUUCCCCCAAUUCACUUCAAAACCCUAAAUUAUUUAUAUUUGCCUGUUUCAUUUGACUCAGAUUAGCAAGAAACGAACGAAGUCUUUUAGGAAUUUUGUGGAAAAUAAAGAAGUUGCAAUGCUUGCAAGAAGAUUUAAAUGUAGAAACCAGAGGUGGGAGAAUAUAUAUCAGUCAUUAAAGUACUCCAUUAGAUUAUACUCCAACGAUUGCUCUAGCUUUCGAGGUUCUAUUGCGGGGAAUAAUUAUGUACGGAGUAAUUAUGUGAGGCAACAUAUGUUAGAAUCUAGCCGGGUGAUUGCUACAGUAAGCAAUUCAUUGGUUUUGAAUAAAUUGAAUGGGAAGUUACAUACGUCUUGGCAGGGUCGAUUUUAUAGUUCGGAAGGCGGUGGGGGGAAUGCUAGAGAUAAGGAGCAUAUAUCUGUGAAAGAUGGGGUGAACUUGGACAAGAAUGGUGCUCUGCGGACAGAAGUAAAGGAGGCCCUUCAUCAAUUUGAUCAGCAUGCUCGAUUAGGGGAACAAGAUCAGAAGGAAUGGCUCAGUAACGAGAAGCUAGCCAUCGAGCUUAAAAAGAAAGAGUCCCCCUUUCUUAGCAGGAAGGAAAAGUUCAAAAACGAGUUCAUUCGGAGGAUUGUUCCGUCCGAGAAAAUAACUGUUUCAUGGGAAACAUUUCCCUAUUAUGUCCAUGAGCAUACGAAAAGUCUUUUGGUGGAUUGUGCUUCUUCCCACUUAAACAACAAGAAACUCACUUCCACGUAUGGUUCUCGUUUGCCAUCUUCAAGUGGGAGAAUACUGCUUCAAAGUGUUCCAGGCACUGAACUAUAUCGAGAAAGAUUAGUUAGAGCGCUUGCUCGUGAUUUAAAAGUUCCAUUAUUGGUGCUUGAUAGCACCAUUCUUGCUCCUUAUGAUUUUGGGGAAGAUGGUGUGUCUGAAAAUGAGUCAGAUGAUGAACAAGCAGUGUCCAGUGAAGAGUGUAGUUCCGCGUCAGAAGCUGAGGAUGAAAAUGAGGAAGAGGAGACAAAAUCGGAUGCUACUGAGGACGAGGAAAGUGAUGUGCAAGCAACAGCUGAAGAAGCCCUUAAGAAGCUUGUACCUUUCAAUCUUGAUGAGUUUGAAAAGCGAGUGUCUGGAGAAUGUGAAAGUUCCUCUGAAUCCUCUAAGUCCGAGUCAGCUGAUAACCAGACUGCUAAUGAGUCACAACGACCUCUGAGGAAAGGUGACCAUAUCAAGUACGUUGGGCGAUCUGUGCACGUUGAAUCAGAUAGCAGGAUCUUAUUGGGGAAGAUUCCAACAUCCAAUGGGCCGAUGAAUGCUUAUACUAUUAUUCGUAGCAGAGAGAUACUAACUGGGCAACGUGGCGUGGUGUAUGAGAUUGAGAAUGAGCGUGUAGCUGUCAUAUUGGACAGGGUGGAAAAAGAUGGUAGCACAGAGGAAGAUGCAAAACCUCCAAUUUAUUGGAUUCCAGUGACGGAUCUUGAACGUGAUCUUGAUGCUCAGGCUGACUGUUACAUUGCUAUGGAAGCUUUAUGUGAAGUUUUACAGGCGCAUCAACCUCUCAUUGUCUACUUUCCCGAUUCUUCGUUAUGGUUGUCACGUGCAGCUCCCAAGUCCAAUCGUGCUGAGUUUGUGAGCAAGGUUGGGGAACUGUUUGACAGACUAUCAGGGCCGUUGGUUCUGAUUUGUGGGCAGAACAAAGUUGAAGCUGGUUCCAAAGAGAAAGAGAAAUUUACAAUGAUACUCCCGAAUUUCGCCCGCCUUGCAAAGCUGCCACUUCCCUUGAGAAGAUUGACAGAGGGACUCAAAGCAACAAAGAGAUCUGAUGACACUGAUAUAUAUAAGCUUUUCACAAAUGUCAUGUGCAUACAUCCACCAAAGGAGGAAGAGUUACUUCAGACUUUCAAUAAACAACUUGAAGAAGACAGGAGAAUAGUAAUUUCACGAAGCAAUCUGAAUGAACUACAUAAGGUCCUUGAAGAGCAUGAGCUGUCUUGUUUGGAGUUACUACAGGUUGGCACUGAUGGCAUGGUCUUGACAAAAAGAAAGGCCGAGAAGGUUGUUGGCUGGGCCAAGAAUCAUUACUUAGCAUCCUGCCUAAUUCCGUCAGUUAAGGGGGAAAGACUCACUAUACCUCGUGAAAGCCUGGAGGUUGCAAUUUCAAGGUUGAUGGAGCAGGAAUCAAUAACAAAAAAGCCUUCACAAAGUCUAAAGAACCUUGCAAAAGACGAGUAUGAGAGUAACUUUGUUUCGGCAGUAGUUGCUCCUGGGGAAAUAGGUGUCCGAUUUGAUGAUGUUGGUGCUCUAGAAGAUGUGAAGAAGGCAUUGAAUGAAUUGGUUAUUCUUCCAAUGAAAAGGCCAGAGCUUUUCUCUCGCGGAAAUUUGCUGCGGCCUUGCAAGGGAAUUUUGCUGUUUGGGCCUCCAGGAACUGGUAAAACUCUUCUUGCCAAAGCACUUGCUACUGAGGCAGGGGCAAAUUUCAUUAGCGUGACUGGUUCAAAUCUAACAUCAAAGUGGUUUGGAGAUGCUGAAAAGCUUACUAAGGCUCUUUUUUCCUUUGCUAGUAAGCUGGCACCAGUCAUUAUAUUUGUUGAUGAGGUGGACAGUUUGCUUGGUGCUCGUGGAGGUUCCUUUGAACAUGAAGCAACAAGAAGAAUGCGAAAUGAAUUUAUGGCAGCUUGGGAUGGGUUAAGGACAAAGGAUAGUCAAAGAAUUCUCAUCCUCGGUGCAACAAAUCGGCCCUUUGACCUUGACGAUGCUGUCAUUCGUCGUUUGCCGAGAAGGAUAUAUGUGGACCUUCCAGAUGUAGAAAAUAGAAUGAAAAUAUUGAAAAUAUUUCUUGCUCAAGAGAACAUUGAGUCAAAUUUCCAAUUUGAUGAGCUGGCAAAGGUGACAGAAGGAUAUUCUGGGAGUGAUUUGAAGAACCUCUGCAUUGCUGCAGCAUAUAGACCUGUCCAAGAACUAUUGGAAGAAGAAAAUAAGGUUGAAAAGACUGAUACAUCUGUUAUACUACGUCCACUUGGUUUGGACGAUUUUGUUCAGUCAAAAUCCAAGGUAGGACCUUCAGUUGCCUUUGAUGCAGCUAGUAUGAACGAAUUGCGAAAGUGGAAUGAACAGUACGGAGAAGGUGGAAGCCGGAGAAAGUCGCCAUUUGGUUUCUAAAGCAAUAAACAGUUGACUUCCUAACUGUUAAACCUUCCAGGAGUUGAGUGAUCAGCACCAUGAUGAGGAAAUCGAGUAAGAUUCACGUUAUCAUGGACGAGAAAGGGAAAGAUGGAGAAAAAAAAGAGGUUCAUAAGAAGACAGGGCUUUCUGUGUACCAAUAUCAAGGAAAGCCUGGUCAGUUCUAUUCUCCUGUAGAAAAAAGCAGCUAUUGUAUGAAAUAUGUUACUGGCAAAAAUUUGCCAUAGGCCAUGUAAUUUAGAAAUAGUUCUUUUAUUUUGUUAGUUACUCCGUAAUAAAUAAUUUUGCUCAAUUUUUAUUUACCGUUCUUUAUUGCGAGACCGUAGGAGUAAAAAAGAAAAACGGAGGCGGAAAUGCCCCCUUGGGGAAGCUGGAUAAGGAUGUUCGUGGGAGAUAUGCUCAUGUGCGUGGAGGUUCAAGUGUUCAACUGUGUAUGUAUAUCUUAGAAUUGAUGUAGAAAAACUUGGUUUUUCGUCAAUAAUCAUUUCAUUCAAUUCACUUCUAAGAUAUAUCCGUUGGUAGUUAGAAAGAUUGUAUAUAAAUUAACUCGCAGAAUCGUUAUUUUUAAGAACGUCUCACAAGAAAGCUUUUUCUAAGAACAUUGUGAAUUUUGAUGAA